UUCUCCUUUCAGCCACAGGGGGCGACACCUCCCAGGCUGGUGAUCACGGAAGUUUUUGGAGUUACGGAACCUCUGACGUGUCAAACUAUCGCCAUUUUCCUGAGGAAGGAAACGCCUAGAAGAAGGAAGGAAACGUAUCAGCCGUGUUCUCACCACCAGCCGCCAUGGGGAACGUGUUUGCAAAUCUUUUUAAAAUGUUUGGUAAGAAGGAGAUGAGGAUCCUCAUGGUUGGUCUGGAUGCUGCUGGAAAGACGACUAUUUUGUACAAGCUGAAACUUGGCGAAAUUGUGACUACUAUUCCCACAAUAGGUUUUAAUGUAGAGACAGUAGAGUAUAAGAACAUCAGUUUCACAGUAUGGGAUGUUGGUGGCCAAGACAAAAUUCGACCACUGUGGCGUCAUUACUUCCAGAACACGCAGGGUCUCAUCUUUGUUGUGGACAGCAAUGACAGAGAGCGGUGCGAAGAGGCUCGUGAAGAGCUCAUGAGAAUGUUGGCAGAGGAUGAGCUGCGUGAUGCUGUGCUAUUAAUAUUUGCCAACAAACAAGACCUUCCAAAUGCUAUGAAUGCAGCAGAGUUGACAGACAAGUUGAAUCUUCACCAGCUACGCAACAGAAACUGGUACAUCCAGGCAACUUGUGCCACCACUGGGGAUGGCCUCUAUGAAGGACUGGACUGGUUGUCUCAUCAGCUCAGGAACCAUUAACAAUAAUCUGCUAUCCACAACUAAUCUACUCCACCCUGACCUUACUCUCUACUCCUAAGGUGUUGAAACUGAGUUACCUUAUCCAAAAAAGUACUAGAUGCUGUUAUUUUCUCAAACAUAUGGGAAAGAGGUGCAGGUGUUCUAUUCUUGUAAAGCUGUUUUUUUGUUUUUAAUUGUGAAUAUAUUUGGUAAUGGGGCAGCUUAUUGCACUGUUACAAAUGGAUAUUUCUCUUUCUGGUUGUCUGAUAGCCAUGUAUGCAUUGAAUAUGAAAAGGGAAGAGAGGGAGUGAGAACUUGCCAGCACGUUAGCUUCAGUACCUCAGUGCAAUUUGAUGACUUGCUGUCAUUGAGUGACAUAAGAUCCAUGAGGUGCUUCGAAUUUUCUAAAAAAUUGAAUACUGACGCACUACUUUCAGCUACUGCGGUUACUUUAACCAGUGACUACCUGUACCAGCCCUCAUAUUUUACCAUUUCUUUAAAACUGGCACUGACUGUUUGUACUGCACUGCAAGCCCUCUGUCAGAGUAGAGAAGUCCAAUCUGUGGACACUUACCCAGCGUUUGUGAUGCAGUAUGUUGGCUUGAAUGGAGGAUUUCAGUGCAUUGAUCUCACAUCUGUCUGCUUUAUGAGUGUUUGAAAGGCAGGUCUGUUGAGUCAACGUUUUUCUAUUUCUGACACUCAGGUUUAUUAUGUGCAGUCUUUGCAAUAUACUUGUUAUUAAAUCUGCAAGAUGCAGGCUUGGUGGUGUUCAAGAACUACCAUAUUUACUGGGUGUUUACAUCAUUAGGCUGCACAGGAGCUACUUAUUUCAACAGCCAUGUACUGUAACUUGUUAUGAGUACUGUGUUAGGUAAUUGUAACUUCAGAGAGUUGCACACUGCAGUGGCCCUGCUGUUUUUUUUACUAAAGGCUUUAGCAAGAGUGCCUUUUUUAUUAUGUUGGCAUUUUAAUGGCAAUACAGAAUCAGUUUCAGCUUUGUUUAACACAAUGCCAGUAUUCUUUUUGUGCUUUUACCUUCUUAUGCAAGACAUGUCGCUUCUUAUUUUCAAGCUUCUUUUCUAAAAUUUGUGGGUAUGAUUUAAGUGCUCUGAAGAUGUCUCACAUUUUUUGAUUUAUUACUGCCUAAAUAUUUAAAAAUGAUUUUAAACAAACUUAAGAGAUGAUUCUUUUUUUUUUUGAGGAAAAGGCACUGGAAUUAAAGUGACUUGAACAAAAA